AUGCAAGUGCUUGAGGAGGCUCUUAUCGGUAUUCCUCUCACCACGAGUCAUCGGAAAGUAGUGGUCGUCCAUGGGCUUAGCGGCGUUGGUAAGACGCAGCUAGUAGUGGAGUUUGCGCGAAAGCACCAUCACCAGUUCAGCGCAGUAUUCUGGCUAGACGGAUCAUCUAAGACCAGCCUUGAGCAUUCGUUUGUUGAUAUGGUGCAGAGACUUCCGCCCACCGAGCUGACAGCUAAUGGUGCGCAGAUACUCAGCCAGGCCGCUGUCGAGGCUGUCGAGGCUGACGUGGCGGUGCGUGAGUGCUUGCAAUGGUUGUCCAUGUCGUUAAACUCUCACUGGCUGCUGAUCAUAGAUAACGUUGACAGCGACUAUCAUAAUCACAACCAGGACGACCUGCCGGCAUAUGACGUGGAGUACUACUUCCCACACGCAGAUCACGGGUCAAUCUUGAUUACGAGCCGACUGGCUAGCCUUCAACAGCUUGGGUCUGGCGUCCAAGUGGGAGCAGUGACAGAAGAGCAAGGCCGUGCUAUACUCGAGAUCAAUGCUAGGAGAGCGGUGGAAUGUACGAGAAAGACUCUAUCUGCUGAAAGGAGACAUCGUAACUAA